AUGGCGUCCAUUCAGGGAAACCAAAUGUUGCCUCAGAUCAAAUCAAUCUGGAUUGAUGAGGAUCAAGAAGCUGAAAAGUUGUACGGUAUGGCUGGUCAAACCUUGUUGCUCGACGAGUCUGACAUGGAAAGCGACAAUGAGGAGUUUGAUGUUACUGUGCUAAACAGUGACAAACCUGUAUUGAAUCACAAAAAAAAAAUUAUGCUGCCACCUUUGGUGCCAAGAUCGCCAACAUACCACCGUUAUAACAAAAUAGCUAGCCCAGAUGCCGGUAAGAAAGAUAAGAAAUUCUUCAGAAGCCUGUUCAAGUCUAAUGGCUCUAAAAAUAAAGGGUCUAAUGGUGAUAAAGCGAUGAAGAUAUCGACGCCUUUUGAUUUCCAUCACAUUUCCCACGCUUCUUUCAACAGAAAUCAAAGUACUGAUCUUCCAAACUUGGAAGAUAUUGAAAACUACUACGGAAGUGAGCAACUUAGCCAGUUAGCUGCUUCAAGAGCUACUGGCUUGAACAAAGCCUUUGUGACAAAAUCAACUGCUACUAAAGCUCCAAGCAAUUUCAGCUCUUUGACUAAGAGUCAAGGGUAUGGGAACUUAGCACUAAAGAAAGACAGAGUCGUGUCUAGUAGUUCCAUAUCAUUAGCCCGUUCGGGUUCAGUAGCGUCAUCAAAUCUGUCAAAUAACAAUAGCUUGAUGAAAAAUGGUAGAGUUGUUUCAAGCUCCACAAUUGCCACUUCAUUAUUUGACUAUGAAGACCAUCUAUCUCCUAAUCAUUCGGUAGGUAUGAAACCAACAUUUGCUAGUCACACAACUCCAAAUUUCGAAAAUAAGGAGAACAGAGAUUCUGGAAAUAGUGAGCUAUCGAUCAAUUUCUUGAAGAGUUAUAGCUUUCCAACAUUGUUAGAAGAAGAGGAAGAAGAUGCAGCGUUCGAAGUGAACAAGGCAUCUGAAGACAAAUUGGUUGGAAAUGUUCUUGAAUCUCUAAUGGAUUCCUGUGACAGUCUAGAAUCAAAAAAUGAUUCUCAAACUGUUCAUCACGACAUUGAUGAACUUGAAUCUGGAAUUAAAAGACUUUCCUUUGAGAACACACCAAAAAAGAUAUUAACUAGAAGAAACUCUGAUACACAAGUCUUCAAGAAUUUUGGCGAAUCUCCGCUGAUCCAUCACUCUCCUAAAAAUAUGAAAUCUGCUGAUGAUCUCCUCACUAUGUUGGAUAAUCAAAUAAACCAAGCCUAUUCUGAAGAUUACUUCUGA